AUGAAACUAAUACAUAUCCACAAGAUUCUAAAACCCAGAAAAUACAAAAUUUCUAAUAAUUAUAUUGUUCAUACUUCAUAUGGGAAAAAAAACAACCAUAAAACAGUUAUUUGUUCAAUUUAUUAUUGUGGAAAAGAUGCAAAGUUUCGAGUUGUUUAUGGUGAUGAAUAUAAUGAUUAUGUAGAAUCUAAAGAAAGUCCUUUAGCAGUGGCAAAUUUAUAUCAAAAAGCUAUUGAAUCAAAAACUAAAAAAAAAAAAAAUUUAAACGAAGAAAAUCAAAAAAAAACUUCUAGUACAAAGUGGAAUGGAAUUCUUUUAUUUGGAUUACAACUACAACAAAUAAAAGAUAUUCAAGAAAUAAAACAAAUUAAUCAUAGUUUAAAGCCAUAUUUAUUGUUAAGUAAAUCAGAUUAA